AUGGGCAGGCCGCACAUGCAAAAGACACUGUCGCAGGAGCGCGGCGUUACCGACGAGCCGGUCGCAUCGUCGCCGCGGCCGUCGCAAGGGGCGGCGAGCGCCUCGCACUCGUCCUCGUCCUCGGGGCGCCCCCGUGGCGCGACGCACAGCUCCGAGUCGAGCGGACACAGCUCGGGUCUCGAGCGGACGCAGUCCAACAGCAGCACGUCGUCGGCGAACAGCACAAGCAGUAUCGAGGCAGUGCCGUUCCGCGCACCGCCCCGUGGCAACGUACGCGGCUACGGCAGCCAGCACACCAUCUCCCCAGACGCCGACGCGCUCUCGUGGCCGCAUCGCGACUCGCUGCCGGAGCAGCCGGAAUGGUCGCUGGACACACACAACGAGACACGCUCCACGCAGAGCUACGAUCCGGAGCAGGGCAACGAACCGUCGCAGGGCACGCCGAUGGCCUAUACCAAAUCCCUCCCGCUGCGCCCGAGCUCGGGAUCCUCCACGACGCCGCGCAUGAAGCACCUCGUAAAGCCCGCCAACGAUACGUGGAUCUUCCGCAACGGGCCGGGCCUGUCGAGCUCGCGCCGCUCGCCGAUGCUCGUGCCGACCAACGAGCUGGAGCCGGAACCGCAGCCGCAACGCAAGCGCACGCCGCUCGAUACCAGCCGCCCCGCGCCGCCGAUCGACUACAACACGAUGAUGAGCACCGUGACGAGCGCACCGAUGGUGGUCGCGAAGCGCUUUUCCCGCCCUUCGUCCCGCACGUCGUACCGCUCGCGCCACGCAGAGUCGACCCUGUCGCGCAACUCGGACGUGCAGCGCACGCCGGACGCGCCGCCGAAAAUGCUCGAGGGUGACGAAACGUCGCUCGCAUCAGGCUCCUCCGUCACCUCGAUCGCCGUGCCGCAGCCGCCGCCAGCAGCAGGGCGUCCUACACCCGCCGAGAUCGUGCGCAUGGAGGCGCAGGCCGGUACGGCGCGCGUGCCGAACACGCCCGGCAUGCCAAGCGAGGCCGAGGAGCGGGGGCAGUGGCGCGCACGUACCCAGGACUGGGUGCAGAACCUGCGCCUGCCGCCGUCGCCGGACGGACCGGCGCCGGAGGAGAGCGUCGUGGACCGUGUGCGCCCUUUGCCGAGCGGCUCGCGCCGCGACACAAACAGCUCGCGCCUGAGCGACUGGACGAUGGACGCGACGCGCGUGCGCAGCUCGAAUCGCUCGUCGAGCAGCACGCUCAUGCCGCGUUCGCCGUCGCCGGAUCACCGCACGAGCAUGCCGAGCUACGAUCCCGUGUCGCCCCGUACGCGCCCUACGCCGCAGGGCCUCGCGCCGCACCUCGCGGCACACAGCGAAACCACACCGCCGGUUCUCAUGCCGAGUAUCUCGGCGCAGAUGGGGCACCACGGCUACCUCGUGCCCACGACCGAGGUGUUGAACCCGGGCCUGAUCGGCCGCCCGCUCGGAAACGAGCCGCUGCUGACCGCUGAGGCGAGCGGUGUGCGUCCGAUGCACGCGGCGACGACGCUGCCCGUGCCCCGGCCGCCGAUCCGCGAGCGCGCCUCGCCGUCCAACGACACAGUGGUGCCACGCACCAAGUCGCCCGCGCCGUCGCGGCGGCGCACGCCCAGCGACUUUAUCUUUGGCGAGGUGCUCGGCGAGGGGUCGUACUCGACCGUAAUCAAGGCGUGGGACCUGAACGACAUCCCGGAAACCCAGCGCGCUGCGCUGCAGCGGCGCCCGAGUGCGCUCGAGGCGGCCGCGGGCCACGACGGCGCGGCGGCGCUGCCGGGCGGUGUAUCGGCGCGGGCGUACGCGGUCAAGGUCCUCGACAAGGUCCACAUCCUCAAGGAAAAGAAGCAAAAGUAUGUGCGUGUCGAAAAAGAGGCGCUGAGUCUGCUGCUGCACCGCCGCGGCGUUGUCACCUUGUACCAUACCUUUCAGGACCGCGAGAGCCUCUACUUUGUGUUGGAGCUUGCGCCGAACGGCGAGUUUCUGCACUAUCUACAGCGCCUCGGCUCGCUCGACAUGGCCUCGGCCUCGUUCUACGCGGCGCAGCUCGCAGACGCCAUUGCCGGUAUCCACGAGGCCGGUGUCAUCCACCGCGACAUCAAGCCGGAGAAUAUGCUGCUCGACGCCAACAUGCGUAUUCUGGUCACCGACUUUGGCUCCGCCAAAAUCCUCGGCAAGCUGGACAGCGCGCCAGGGAGCAUCGCGAGCAGCACCGUGAGCAUCGCGCCGACGGAAGCUUCGGACAACAGCCAAAACUCGCGCGGAAGCUUUGUGGGCACCGCCGAGUACGUCUCGCCCGAGCUCCUCGGCGAAAAGACGGUCGGCAUCCCGUCGGACUGGUGGGCGUUUGGCUGCGUCCUGUACCAGAUGCUCGCCGGCCACUCGCCGUUCAAGGCGGCAAACGAGUACCAGACAUUUCAGCGGAUUCUGCACCGCCGCCUCAGCUACCCGCCGCGGUUCCCCGACGUGGCCAUCGAGCUGAUCGACCAGCUCCUCUCGCUCGAUCCCGACGAGCGCCCGGGCGCGAAAAAGGUCAAGGGGAGUGCCUUUUUUGCGCAGACCGACUUCCGCACGAUCUGGACCGAUCCUGUGCCGGAAAUGAAGCAGGGGAUCGUCGCCAAGAACCCGGGCACUGGCCGUUCGUUUUCCGAUGGUCUCAAGGAGCUCGAAUCGUCGUUUAAUGCAUUCCAGGCGCACGAUGCGUCGUCGCCGCCGUCGUCGCACCCGACGCGUGAUAGCACGCUCUCGCCGAGCGGCGCAACGGGCGACGAGUCGUCGGUCAGCUCCUCGGACGAGGCGCGCUCGUUCAGCCCACAGGCGGAGCGGCGUACGGCACUUAUGCCUCCGAUUCGGAGCGCGACAAGCGCAGUGCCAGAGAGGUCGCAGAAUGCACAGGACAGCUCGUUCAUGGCAGAAAUGUACGACGAUCUCAUGUUGCCUAACGAGGUCGUGAGCUACUCGAGCCCAAUUGUCUUGAAGCGCACGGGUGCGGGCGGCAUGUUUUCCAAGCGCUGCCAGCUCUUGCUGACGAGCUACCCGCGGCUGCUGUGCGUAAGGGAAAGCACGCGCACGCUCAAGGUCCUCUGCGAAGUGAUCCUACGCCCGGUCCCGCCCAACGUCACGGACGACCAGCGGGGUGGGGGCGUGUAUGCCGCGCUCGAGCGUACCACCUCGCAGCGCAGUGCGACGACGCGGCAGCGCAGGUCGCACUCGCUGCGCAGCCAGCCGUCGCUGCCGGCCAUGUCGUUCCAGUCGAUGAAUGCGCUUUCGCGGGGGCUGUCGCGCAUGGGCGCCAACCGCACCGCAAGCGACGCAUAUUCGCGCUACCCGUCCAGCGGUACGCCGUCCAGCGUCGCUUCGCAGUCGGAAACCAACAUGCCCGCGAGCCUGGGUCGCAGCCCGUCGGGUCGCGAAGACGCGCUUCGAUUGCCGCUCGCGAAUGAGAGCAAGUACGAUAAUUGGCUACUGAGUGUGGAAACCAAGGCGCCUCGCUCGUUUAUUGUGAAUACGCACACUCCAGCGCCCGUGCUGUUUGCUGGGUCUACCGCGGUGGCCCAGCCGAUGGCGCUCAUGGCGCGUGGUGGCCAGUGCAGCGGCGGCGGCCAAGUGCUGCAGGAAAUUGAGCAGGCGAUCCUCGCGGUCCUUCCGAUGCUCUCGCCCAUCCUUACCGCCUUGGGCGCGCCCGAGGUGACUCCGAUCCUUGGCCUCGUCCUCAAGGUGCUCGAGUCGCUGCACCUCUUUUGCUAG